AGUUUUGAAGAUCUUGGUUAAGGUCACACAAAAUCACACUUUUAAAUCCAGGUUAUAAUGUCUAAUCAGGAAUGUGAAAGUCCAGAGCCAGAAGAGGAGCAGGCUAAACCAGACAGCCCAUUCUUUGCUGAUAUACAAAGACGUGAAUUACAGAGUGAGAUCCUGUCCAGGAAGGAAUCUCCCAGCACAUCUUUGCUCUGCCCCACUGCAGAUGUGCCUGUAGCAGCAUUGGAUGGCAAGUCAGCCAAUUAUUUCACAGCCCUGGAUUCCAACAUUGAAAAUCUGCAGAAAAGAACACAGCAGCUGAUUGAGAAGAUCAAUGAGAACCGGAAGAAAGACCACGUUUCAAGUUUGGCGGAGAAACUGGAGGAAAUGAUGUUUCUCAUUUACGAUCGCCAUAACAAGCAAAUGCAGGAUAAGCUCCAAGAGCUCUCGGAGAUAAUGGAGAGGAUCAGCCAGAUCCAAGCCGAACUCAGGCAAGUCUGCCACACUGUGGAGGCAGCUUAUAAAGACUUGUGCAUGCAACCAGAGGUGUGAGAACAUGGGAAAGAACAAACCAAGAAGGGCCAGAUGGAAUCAAAAGCCUAAACGAACUUCUGAAAGCUGCCUGUAGCUACUAGCCUGAUACAAAAGGAAAAACAAGACUACAGGUCAGAUAAGGGCCCUUCCUUUAUUCCUGUUGCUGUUUGAUUGUUAAAGUUAAUUUAAAAACCUUCUGAACUUUCAAACUCCGAUCGCAUCUUAGAGGGUUGGAAAGCCAGACAGAUUAAAAAACAUGCCCAGUAAGAGUCAGUCUAGUGGGAAUAAGUCUUUUCUACUUGGUAGGGGCUGGUGAGAUGUAAUUAAAGUCCAUUGAAGAUACAAAAGGAAUAUACGGUGGCCAGCGACUGUUGUCAAACCUCUGCACCCAGCUCUCUUUUUAAAUGUCUUUAUUUCAGUGUGUCAGGGAAGACUCGCUCAUUAUGCUGUUUUAUUGUAGAAGGCAUUUUACAAAGAUCACAUGAAUGUUCCAGUCCACGUUGGUUUAUUGAUAGCUGU